AUGGUUGUUUUUUAUUUGGACGAUCUGGAAGUAUUUUUCCCUUAUGAUUACAUAUAUCCUGAACAGUAUGCAUACAUGAAAUAUUUAAAAAAAACGUUAGACAGUGAAGGGCACUGUGUUUUGGAAAUGCCAACGGGUACAGGAAAAACAGUGGCCAUUUUUUCCCUCAUAACAUCUUACCAAUAUUACAAAAAUGAUGAAGGCAAAUUUAUUUUUUGCACUCGAACUGUUGCUGAAAUGGAAAAAUCCCUCAUAGAGUUGAAGAAAGUUAUAAUGUACAGAAUUAAUAUAAUCAAGAAGAGAAAUGAGAAGAAGUGCAAUGCAGAUGGGGUACCAGAAAGGAAGUUGAACAGUAGUGAAUGUGCAAAGGAGUCAAAUUGUAUACUGUAUACAAAUCAGUCUGAUGGCAUGCCAAGUACGGAUCAACCAGAUGGUAUGAUGCAUACACAACAACAGGGCGAAGUCAAAAGUUUGAAUAACAACUUAGCUGCUAAUGAAAAGUUCGGUAAGAACAGCGAAAUUUUAGCCAUUGGAAUAAGUGCUAGGAGAUGUAUGUGUGUUAAUGAGAAGGUUUUAUUAAAACAUGAAAGGGAGAAAAUUGAUGAAGAAUGCCGUAAAUUGACAGCUACAUUUGUAAGAGAAAAAAAGUAUAUCAAUCGGAGGAUUGAUCAGGUUGGUCAGGCUGAUCAGGUUUACCUGACUGACGUGGACAAUAUGGCUGCCCAAAUUGACCGGACUGAUUCAACGAAUCGAGGGGGUGGGGCAAGUGCUGAUAGGUUGUCCGAGUUCAUUUUGAAAAACAAACAUAACAUAGAUAUAGAGGAUUAUUUUGAUAUAUAUAACUCGAAAAAUAGUAUAGAAGAAUACGAUAACAUGGGCUUAUGUGGGUAUUUUGAAAAUUUUAAAAAAGAGUUCGUGUAUGAGUUAAUAGAACCGGGUGUUUAUACUAUAGAAGACUUAAAGAUUUUAUGUAAGAAUUACAAAAACUCCGAGAAUGUGAAUGUACCUAUAUGUCCAUAUUUCUGUGCAAAGAAAAUUAUUGAAAUAUCUAAGGUAAUAGUAUUAAACUAUCAAUAUGUUAUUGAUCCAAAGGUUUCUAAGUCUAUAUUUUUAGGAAAAGACAUGAGUAAUCGUGUUAAUUUUCAUAAAAACGAUAUAAUAGUUUUUGAUGAAGCACAUAAUAUUGACAGUGUAUGCUUAGAAGCGCUAAGUGUAAACAUUGACAGAAACAUACUCAAUAAAGCAUCUAUAAAUAUAAAGCGAUUAUUAAAAAAAAUAGAAAAUUCUAAAAGUUUGAAUGAAAAGAAACUAAAAGAAGAGUGCAAUAAAAUUUUACAAAAAAUUAAAUCGCAAAAGUUGUGUAGAAGUAGUAGUACCCCCCAGGGUGAAGGCCCACUUGAAGAAGCACGUACUCAUAUCGAGACACACUUGAGUGUAGCUGCAUGUCCAAAUGGAGAUGGACCUAUUCAUAUGUUAGAGUUGGAGAAAAAAUUAUCAGGGGAAACGUCGAACGAAUUGAUACAAGGUAUGGCUCAAGAUGUGGGUGAUAAGAAAGAGGGAACGGUACCAGUUUUGAAUGAGAAAAAUAAUCUAACAGUUGGCCUUGUUAGAUUUGAUGAUAGAGAGCACAGUUUGGAAGGGAACAGAGAAGGGGCUGCAAAAAAAAGGAAAGUGGAAGGGGGUGAUGUGUACUUUGACGAUGAUAUGAAUCUCGUAUUUUCGGGCAUGUUGGGGGAUAAGAACUGCACAACAGGAGACGAUAAAACUGGAUAUGAUAAUGCAAAGGGGGAUCAGGUGCAGCACAUAGAAAGGAGUACAUAUAAUAGUAGUAAUAGUAACGAAGCUCUGAUCGAUGACCUGAGGAGAGUUCUCUCCCAGUCGGGGCAUUCUGAGCAAUCGAAGGAACAACCACAGCAUCCAUCGAACACGCCGCUUAACCAUGGGAAGAGGGACUCUGAUGAUUUGUUGGUGGAGGGGAAUCUAUUCAAGGAAGGAGCAGGUCAGGGAAAUUUUGAUGGGAAAGCGGAGGAAGACCUUGCCGAUCUUCAUUAUAGCCCGUUGUUGGUAGAAGAUAUAGUAAAAAAUAUAGUAAUCCCGGGAAAUAUUAGAAAGUCGGAGCAUUUUCUAAACUUGAUGAGAAUAAUAGUGGUGUAUUUAAAAAAAUAUAUAAACAUAUACGAGAUAACAUCGGAGGGUCCUUUAUCUUUUUUAUAUAAAUGUGAGAAGGAUACAAAAUUGGAUACGUCGUUUUUUAAAUAUUGCUUCGACAGGUUGAAAUCGUUAUUAAAUGCAUUGCAAAUAGUAAAUAUAGAUGAUUACUCAUCUUUAAAUGUUGUUUGUAAUUUUUGUACGUUACUGGGUAAUUAUGUAAAAGGAUUUGUAAUAAUAUGUGAGCCAUAUCCAGAAGCAACAGGAAUAUAUGACCCGGUUAUACAAUUCGCAUGUUUAGAUUCAUCUAUUGCUAUGAAAUCUGUUAUAAAUAAAUAUAAGUCCAUUGUAUUAACAAGUGGGACUAUUAGUCCAUUAGAAUUAUAUCCCAAACUUUUGAAUUUUAAAACAGUCUUAACAGCAUCUUUUCCAAUAUCAUUUGAUAGAAAUUGUGUAUGUCCACUUAUCGUAACAAAGAGUUCAGAUCUAGUACCAUUAUCAUCGCAAUAUACAUUACGAAACGAUAUGAAUGUAAUAAAGAACUAUGGUAUGUUAUUAGUAGAAAUGUGUAAAAAUAUACCAGAUGGCAUUGUUGCUUACUUCCCAUCAUAUAUAUAUAUGGAACAAGUAAUAUCUUCAUGGUAUGAGUUGGGAGUUAUAUCAAAUAUAUUGGAAUAUAAAUUAAUUUAUAUUGAAACAAAAGAUAUAGUAUCAACAACUAUAGCUUUACAUAAUUUUAAAAGAGCAUGUGAUUUGGGAAAGGGUGCUAUAUUUCUUUCUAUCUGUAGAGGGAAAAUUGCAGAAGGGAUAGACUUUGAUAAACAUUAUGGCAAAUGUGUAAUUCUGUUUGGUAUACCUUAUCAAUAUACUUUAUCUAAAAUUCUAAAAUCUAGAUUAGAUUUUUUAAAAGAAACAUAUAAUAUACAAGAAAAUGAAUUUCUUACUUUUGAUGCCAUGCGACAAGCUUCUCAAUGUGUUGGUAGAAUUAUUAGGAAUAAAAAAGAUUAUGGCAUUAUGAUUUUUUCGGACAUUCGAUAUGCAAGAAAUGAUAAAAAAAGCAAACUUCCUCCAUGGAUUAUUAAGUGUAUGGACAUAUCGAACGUUAACUUGACUGUUGGGACAGCUGUUAACAUUUCGAAAAAGUUCCUAUUGGACAUGUCAAAAGAGUAUAAAGAAACGGGGCAAACGAAAAUAUCGCAGGAGCUUCUGCACAACCAGAGGAAGUGCUGGAGCAUGGUUAAGUCGGUGCUCAACAUGGACGACUUUAUUUAG